CGACUUUAUUUCUGCAGAAGAAGAAGGACUCAGAGACGAUAUGGCUGAAGAUGUCCGUGGACUCUGAUAACUCCUUUGUUUUGCUUUCAUCGCGAGACUCCAGGACUUCCUGCGUCUUCCAAAGCGAAGACGAGAAGGAUGACAUCCCAGGAGUGGGAGAGGAGAGUGUUCUGGAGAUGCUGAGCUACUCCAAGUUCUCUAACCUGGAGACAUGGCUAUGCAUGCCGUCCUCGCUGCUACUGCCCAGGGCCCCGGACUCCACCCGCACCUCCUCCUCCUCGUCCUCCUCCUCACAUGCAUCCAACCACUCCUCACAUUCCCAGCCGUCCUCCUCCUCUUCGUCACCGGCCUCCAACUGCCGUCGCUCCUCCUGCAGCGAUCUAGGAGAGACGGACACACCACUCAGGUCGUCAGAGAGCGACUCCACCUUCCUCACCCCCGCUCUGGAGAAGGAGAUGCCGUUUCUGGCCACGUCGCUCCUCCCCAUCCUCUCCUCCACCCCCGCCGAAGCAGGAGCCUCCACCUCCUCCCUCGCCGCCGGCGGUGGUGUCAGCGUCAGGAAGCGGCGGCGGCGGCUCGCUGCCAGUCCUGGAGGACUCCACUGGAACUCUGCAGGUUUUUUGCAACGGGACUUCUGGUCACCUGAUCGUUCUCCGGUGUCGGGGGGGAACACGACAGCCGGAGGAGGCGGAGCGAGGAGCCUCCCCCUCGCCGAAGGGGGCGGGCGUCGUGGGCCGGCGAACGAGGCGCCCUGAGGAAGACAGUUUCGGUUGACGACCGGCUCCUGCAGCCGGCGGUCGGAGAGACACCUCACCUGAGACUGCUGAGUCGACUGGAGAGGGGCAGGAAGAAGAUCCACAACGUCCAUGUGAGUUCUUCUCUACGUUUAUUAUCUCACCACG